CUACUCACAGUAACCUCAACUCCUGCCACAAUGUACAAAAUGCAACUCUUGUCUUGCAUCGCACUGACUCUUGUACUUGUCGCAAACAGUGCACCUACUACUUCGUCUACAAAGGAAACACAGCAACAGUUGGAGCAAUUGCUGCUGGAUUUACGGUUGCUCUUGAAUGGAGUUAAUAAUUAUGAGGACCCUAAACUCUCCAGGAUGCUCACGUUUAAAUUCUACACGCCCAAGAAGGCCACAGAAUUGACACAUCUUCAGUGUCUAGCAGAAGAACUCAAACUUCUGGAGGAAGUGCUAUAUUUAGCUCAAAGCAAAAACUUUCACUCGACAGACAUCAAGGAAUUAAUGAGCAAUAUCAAUGUAACACUUCUGAAACUAAAGGGAUCUGAAACAAGAUUCAAAUGUGAAUAUGAUGACGAGACAGCAACCAUUACAGAAUUUCUGAACAAAUGGAUUACUUUUUGUCAAAGCAUCUUCUCAACACUGACUUGAUAAUUAAGUGUCUCCUAUUUAAGAUAUACCAGGCUAUUUAUUGAAAUAUUUAAAAUUCAUAUUUAUUUUUUUGACAUAUGGUUUGCUACCUUUUGUAAUUAUUAUUCUUAUACUUCAUGUGAUAAAUAUGGAUCUUUUAAGAUUCUUUUUGUAAGCCCUAGGGGCUCUAAAAACUCAAAUUAUUUAUCCCAAAAUAUUUAUUUUUUUAUAUUGAAUUGUUAAAUAUACUAUCUAUGUAGAUCAGUUAAUAAAACUAUUUAAUAAAGUUGAUGA